ACUCUUGCUCGCUGUCACCGGGGAGGGGGCAGGACGGAGAGAAGAGGGGAGUGACUUUCUUUCAAAAAUAGUACACUUCAUCAGGGCAGUAACCGGUACACCAGCAGCGGUGAGCCGUAUGGUGGGUGUGAAACAUGGCUUAGGAAAUCAUAAAUAACGGGACCGGAGAGAUAUUUCUUAAACCAAAGAAAAGACCAAUUAGAAACACGGUUCAAAGAAGAAAGCGGAUACUUCAAGUCAGGAGGAACUGGGUUACAGCGAGCUCAAGUCUGUGCCACACGUUUCAGUGUUGAUGUCGGUAUUUGGACUCGAAUACCUGACGAAAAUAAUCCCGGUAAGUAGACCUCGUCUUGAAUAAGUCUGUGGAGAAAUGUAGCUGAGCCUCAAAAUGAAAAAGUAAAGUUUUUGGUUGAUAAUUGUGAGAGAUAGUGUCAAAUUUCAUUCGAGCUUGGAGAGUUAAAGCUCACAUUCAUUCGGCGGAACAAGGUGAACAGGGAGUUAAACUUUUCUGCAAUAUGGCCGCUCAGAUGUCACAUCUUCCCAGAAGUAGGCAGAACUAAAAAUGAGCUUUGACUCAAGUCUUAAAAAUUCACGGCAGCUUAACUGCAGGCCACUGAAAUAUUGUGCCCAAGAAUCGACUGAAGUGUCCCUCCUCCCAUGUCUUUGACUGUUGUAGGAAACCGAAGUCUUGCCCACUUUUCAAAUCAAAACUACUAUUGGUGUCAGACCUGUAACGUAGCUGUGAUGUUUCCUUCAAUGGGAGGAACGUUACUCCACUCAAAUUAAUAGCGAGAACCAUAUUGGACCUGUUAGGCAAAGCUUUUUGUAGUUAUGUUUUAAGUUUGGCACGGUAAUCAAUUCUGGAUAAGGCUUUGUUGCAUCCAGAUGCAGUAUGUCCUCUUUAAAUGCAAUAUGCUGGAUGUAAGUGAACCCAUUUGUAAUAAUGGUGCCUUUGUGGGGGUAAUAAUCCCAUCUCACCAGCAAAAUGAAAUAGAACCAGAAAAUAAAACAAUAUGCCUCAAUAAAUCAUUAUAUAUCUGACCUGUGUGGUAAACUGAAAUGAUUUAUGUAACCUCAGCCUGCCAAAAAGUGUCACCUGAGACAGUUGAAGCGUUUUGGGGGCUCUGGCAGAGAAUGACGGCCACCAUCCCCCACCCUUACCACCCUUAACUGUUAGGGGAUCAGAUUUAAAGUAUGUAUAUCUGAAAAUCUGUCUACAAUACUCAGUUUUGACUGACUAUUUCUGUAGAUUUAAUUUCUUCCAACAGACUGAAAAUAUACUGACAUGGUCAAGGUAACUGAGUUAUUCUUCAAAUAGAAUUUCAAAAUGGUCAAUGCUAUAUGUUCUGGCUUUGUGGAAUGACUUAAGUAGAGGGUGCUGACUGGUUUUGGCUUGUGAUUAGCCUUUUUGUUGGUUUGGCUGUAAAGGAUGGCUGUUCUGUAGACACAAAGUUAAAUUGGCAGGGUGAAAGGAGCAUUGUUUUGUUCUUCCUUGUACUCACCUAUACAGUAAAAGCAUUGAAAACAGCUGUUUUGUUGUCUGUUUGUAGUACUUCCAUACAGCUGACACGUUGAAGCUUGUUGUUAGUAUGAUAUAGUAUGCAUGUUAAUUGAUGGUCAUGCAUAAUGAAUGUAUCACCGUAUUGGCCUUAUAAUGAAACUGAAAGAUAAAAAUAAUUGUUCAAGUGUGCGCUUAUAGAUGUUCUACCUGUCAGAUUUCAAAUGUUUCUUUACUGGAGAGGAAACAAAGAAGAAACUGAUCAGCUGUGCCUUAAACUGCCCCUUGUUGUUCUCCAUUUCCCCCUUGGUUUGAGCAUAGUGCACUUCAAUUGGGUAAUUUGUUUAUCUAUAACAGUGGGAAAUGAGAGAGUAAAAUCCAGCCUUUUCAGGCAUCCAUCACCCUACACAUGAUAACAGGGUUUAAGAAAUAUGUAUAUGUAUAUCCUUCCCUCCACUGUGAAAAUAUUUCAUCUGAAUAUACAAGCAGAUGAUUCAUCAUGGCUUCAUCAAAUCAGUGUUUCCUUUUCAUUUAGUCUCUGCAUAAAGACAGACUGCAGUAGAUGUUGAUUUACAGUAGUGCUGAUAGUGUUACUGUCUCCACUGUGGGUGGGGAGAUAAUAGCGCUGUGGGUGAAACCUGUGAUUAGCACAACAGUCUUUCCCAUCCAGCCCCUGGUUUGUAUAAUUCCCCAGAGUCUAAUUACAGUGAAAUUUAAGUAUUCCUGGUUUUGCACGUUGGUGCAGUGAGAUGGCCCUCUAACACUCUUGGGGAUCUUUUGGCUCAUUCUUCAUUUACUGUUAUGUUUGAUGCCUCUAAGCUACUGCUCUGAUGGCCUGCUGUACAGCAGUAAAACACAGUGUGAUCACUAGUUUGCCUGUGGGAAUGAGAUGCAGGUUUCAGUCAUUGAUCAUCAGCUUGUUUGGGAUUCCUGAACUGCCUUUUGAAGGUCACUGAAACUUCGAGCCUGUCCACCUAUCUGCUCAUCAAUCUACUGUAGAGCAUGGGGACUAACUCUGUUGAUGUCCACUGCAAAGCUGUUUCACACAAAUAAGAGGAAUGUUUAAUGUACUGUCUUGAAGCCUAAGAGAGAGAGGUAAGUGUAAAAUCUUCAGGUUGAGGGCUUGUGCUUUGUUUAAGAGGGUUUUUAGGGUUUUAUGAUGAAGAAUUGUGUUAAAUUUGGUGAUCUUUUUCCUCUAUCCACACUGGUAUUUCAACAAAGGUUUCAUGGUACGCCAGGCUGCAGGUUCAAUGUCAAACAAACUACUUCUCUCUUUUGCACUCUGGUUUCUUAAAGACUGCAGACACCACUUUUACUUCCUGCCUCUUUUCUGUGUUUUUCUGUCUUGCACUCUCUUCCUGUCUUUGGUCUCUUCUCACAUGUUGCUACACCUUGAACUUUGCUUCAGUCUUAUCAUAUCUUUAUUUUCUCCUUCCUCACUCCCUCUGUCUGUUUCACUCUCCAUUUCUCACAUCCACCCUGUCCUUUUUUUCAGUUGGUAUGACUGUGUUAAAAUUAUCUAGGAAUACUACCCAACCAACCCUAAAAGCCAGAUUGGUUCGGGUUUCAGUUUUAGACUUUAACAAAGUCUGUUACUAUCCUAACUAUGAGUGCAGUCUGAUAAAGGAGCCACUGUGCAUUGCAGCAGACAUGUAGACCAAAACCAGCACUGUGCCACUGUAAAAGAAUGUAAGAGUAUGAGUUGGCAGGGAGCUGAAGACCAGGUCCUGGUGAGAGGUUGAAAAACAAUCAAGGAUGGUUACUUUGGGACACAGAUCCAUCUGUUGUAUUCUUAGCAAAUACAAAGUUGUUCAAUCUACUUCAAGACAGGAUCUUUGAACCCUCAAGGGGUUAUCACAGAAGUUAAUUUUGUAAUGUUGACAACCAUUCAGUAAAUGGCAGAAAUUCUGGCAAUGCUUGGAUAGCUUGAUAUGCAGUUGCAGCAUCAUCCUGCAUGACGUCAAGUUGCAUUGUGGUAAAAUUUUAGUCAUGUUCAACUUUAUUUUUAGUUACCUUGAAGCUCUCUGCUGAAGAUCAAGGCAUACAUAACUCAGCAGCACAGAUGACCAUCCUGUCAACACAUGGUCAUUUCCAGUCUUCAUGUGCUACUGAUCAGGAUUGAGACUUUGUGUUGUCAGAGGAUCUCUGCAUUACAAGAUUACAUGACCACUGACGGGGUGGCGUUUUCCAAAGAUUCUACUCUAGAACCUGUUUCCAGAAGUUUGCAUCAUCACCCCCACAAAAUGCUGCCUAUGUGAAAAGGAACAAACACGUUAACAGUUACACAGGGUUAGCUUAAAAAGGAGAGAGAACAGAGAAAGUGUGAGGGAUUUUCUUGCCAAGGAUACAUGAACUCACUGACUUGGAUGCUGUUGUCCUAUAAAAUCUACAGCCAGUUCAGGCCUGGUGUUUUAUUUUAAACAGUAUACCCUGCUUCUACACCAGUUCUCCAAAAUCCCUUGGCAUGCUAGCUGUCCAUUUUAAAUGUGUAACCAGAGAUGUGUUGCUUCUGUUUUUACCUGCCUGGUGACAACCUCAGGGUCAUGCCAGGUCAGUCGGGUUGUCUCUGACAGCUCAAGGGUCAAAGGUCAAGACUGAGGGAUUGUUGGGAGUUUUGCUUUCAGCUUAACUUGCUCUAGCAGUUGAAAGUGUUUUCCUCUGAAACAUAAGCUCUACUGUAUGUAGAUGAGAUACGAAACAACUGGUCCAGUUCGCUAUUAAUUGCAGGUAGGCACUCUGGCAUUAAAGUAUCAUAAACAACUGAAAGUACUGCUCUUCAGAAGCAUAUUCCAAUCUGUGUUUCCUCUGGUAGUUAAUUAUUACAACGUCAGACAAACUGAUGUCUUAGCAGGACCAAAUCUGCUUUCCUGUUCAGACUUACUGCAUUCUUACCAGCAUUGAAAGCUUGGCCAAAAUAUUCCUGGUUUAGAUUUAAUAGCUUCUCACAGUUUAUUUGGUCUCCAUUAUGCUCAAAACUUUUGAGGACACAUGAGACUGAAGCAAACAUCUGUGAUCCAGACAGCUCUUAGAAAUCCACAGAGGUCAGAGUUUUUUUAAUUUCUUGAAUACGUGACUUUUAUAAAAAAUAAUGAUGAUAAAAAAAACAAAAAAAACAAUUCAAAACAAGUUUCUGCCUAGAUUUUGGAGGGAUUUCGAUGUGGGCCAACCAGCUUCACCUGCUUUGUAUGCUUCUUCACAGCACCAGGUUGUUUGAAAGAUAAAUGAAGCUCAUAGGUAUUCCAGCAACGUCAGUGUCAAAUGCAGCAUACUGUAUAAAUAUCAAGUACUGUACACACACACACGCACACAGCUCCGGUCUUGUCAGGGCAGACAGUGAGAGAAGUGAGCAGCUGCAAAUGGUACUGUGGUCAUGUGGCAUAAAUGGUGUGUGUGUGUGUGUGUGUGUGUGUGUGGUGGCAUACGCCCUCUUACCCCUCUUUAGUACCCCCUCGCCUGCCUGACGCCCCUGUCUGCAUUGGUGUCAUUGCUGCGUUGCUUCCUUCGUCUCACAAAACUUUAGGUGAGUGGUGUGUGGAAACAGUGAUUUUUAAUGACUGAAGCUAGUUGUGCAUGUUUAAGACUGAGGGCCACUGUUUCUUUAAGAACAGGUGCGCGUGGGUCUAAGAGGGAGAGUACAGUGUGGUUGGUAUUUUGUUUGUUUCUAGGACCAUUUGGCUUAUUCAGGUGGAUGGCCUGCAUAAAUGUAACCGCUGUUCCAGUACACCAGUGUGUGUGUGUGUGUGUGUGUGUGUGUGUGUGUGUGUGUGUGUGUGUGUGUGUGUGUGUGCUGUGUUGUUAAUGAACAGGUGCACUGGUUGGGUGGUCUGCACCGAUGUGACACUCCUGUCACUCACACAGAAGGCACCCUGUAGUCAGCAAGAAGAGUAGAGGUUAAUAAGGACGUGUGAGCUGAAGUCAUGCAUGGCUCCUUGCUUUUUCACCACAAUCACGCAAUUUUCAGUCUCUUUUUAUCCGUGGGUUAUUAUUAUUCGCAUGAUUGAUGGGUGACUUUGAUUGCAAAAUGCUGAAAGAAAGAAUAAAUACCUCAAAUCAACAGAAAAAAAACAAUUUCCUCUUUGGAGCAAGUACUCUGCAGAUGUGCUCAAUAAAUAACAGAAGUCUCUCAGCUGACUGAGUAAUCAGACAAAAAUUUCAGUCCCCACAGUGCAUGAUUUUUCUUCUGACAGUCAGUACUGCACUAUGAAAAAAAACACCUGGAACAAUCUUUGUUGAUGUGGGUUUUACAGAGCGUUGGUAUUACUCGAGGACCUCUGGUAAUUUGUGAUUACCUCUUGAUGUCUGUGUUUGGUAUUGCGUAUUUGCACUGGAUAAUUCAGGUCUGUAAUUUACUUAAAUUUACUGACAUUUAUGGUUGAAAAUAGUGAGGCUCUGCACAACAUCCACCUAGUCUCUGAGGCCAGUAUUAGACAGACCGAUUCAUUAGUCAGCCUAUUAACACCGUUUUUGACAUAACCCAUGUCAAACUGGCAGCGGCCAGAAGAAUAUCACAAUUAUCUCUCCAAAUAAAAAGAGCAUUAUUUUCGGCCACUGACUGAGGGAGGCAUUUAAAGAAAGUCUUGUGUUGGAGUUUGAUAAACUUAAGUCUUAAUUUUGACAAAAUUUCGUAAAUAUUUUGACCGUCAAUGUCAUAUUAGCAAUAUUAAAUCAAAAUAUUGGUAUUGGUUUCAUAAAAUACUAACUCUUAGUAAUCCAGUAGAAAAAAAAUCUAUGUGGUGGGUCUCAUAGAUAGAUAUACCUUAUUGAUCCCAAACUGGGAAAUUCACAAAUUCACAUCUUUUGUUGGCAACAAUACCUUCAUGUAAAAUGACUGUUUACACUGUGAAGGUAAUUGACCCUUUGAAGAAAAAAUAAUUUCCUUUACCACAAGUUGUCACCCAUGGAGUCACUCUUCCACAUCUGAUUUAAAAGGUGCAUUUGGCCUUCUCUGCGGACAGGUCUACAUACUGUUUGACAAAAUGAUCCAUCUGAAUUUGCACCCACUAUGUUUUCAUAUCUUUUGUUUACAGUGCUCAACACAGCCUCCCUCCUCCAGCACAAAGCCCUCAGAGACUGUCUUAAAAAACAGCACUCCAAAUUACCCAGAUGCUGAUAAGUGCUGGAUUAUUAUUAUUAUCAAAGGACCUCUGUGUGUCCUGAAAUAUGGGAGGUGAUUUGCCCUGCUAUAAAUUAAAGAUGUUCUCUGCCGUUAUGAGAAAUUAACAGAGGUACUCAGGUGUUUCUUAUCUCAGGAAAAUAGGGCUUUGGUUACAGAAAAGUUUGCCUUAUUUUAAGCUUAUUAAGAGGUUUAGGUAUAAAAAAAAAUAAAGAAUGCCGUAAAGAACAUAUUACUGUCAAUUACAACUUUAGUCUGAACCAUCUAGCCAACGUACACAACAAGUACCACACUAGUAGACAGGUUUCAACAUUUGAUUUAUGCACAAAUACAUCUGGUACUAUUAUGACAGUUUGGCAGUUUACAGCAUGAUGUUCCUCUUAGCUUCUUGCACCAGAAGCUAAGAGGAACAUCAUAUUCCUGUAACUCUUUUUUUGUGCGUGAUAAUGAAAAACUUGCUGUGUGUGUGUGUGUGUGUGUGUGUUUGUGUGUGUGUGUGUGUGUGUGUGUGUAUGUAUAUAUAUCAGUUAUCUGUGUGCUGUCUAUCUGUUUGCCCCUUGCAGUUCGUCUUAAACGAUACUUAGGAUGGGUAUAGUUCACACACACAGCUGUCUUAAGGGCUUCUCUGCAUACACAUAUUCCCGGUUCUUUUAUGUAUGCACAGAGCAGAGAUUUGAUGCACCUGCAGAAUAAGCUCUUGUUUUGUGUUCAGUUAGAUCAUCUGUAUUUAUCCAACAGCACUUUGACUCUUCAUCCUGGAAUGAUCUCUGAACAUACUGCUGCUGUUAGUGCUUGUCCAGUGCGGCCUGAUGAUGCCUCAGUGUGUGAAACCAUAAUAUUUGUUGCUUUUUCUCUGUGAGGGAUUUGCAGUACUUAGCAGCUGUUCAGAGUUUGCUGACUUGUUGGACAUUUUUCAGUUGAACAGUGAACAAUGGAAAAGAAACAGGGGUGGCUUAUCACAGAUGAAUGGAUUGUAUUAUUCACAGUGUUUGCUCCUUAUUGGAGGUUUUAAGGAGAUAUAAUUGGUAACAUUCCAGCCCUUGUAUGGUUUUGAUGUAUAUCUGUGUUCUGCUGAUAUUUGCUGAUAGUAUAUCUAAUUGCAUUACAGUUUGUAAUCGUAAAACACAACACUUAGUCAUCCCGUUUUACUAACUUCCAUCUAUGAUAAAAUGAUACUAACUUGAAUUUGUGGUAAGACAAAAAUGUAAGGCAAAGUUCAUACUUUGGGCAACAAAUUCUCCCUCUUCCAUCAUCAGUUGGUGUGUCAUCUGACUCUGUGUUCAUAGGCCAGUAAUACAAGGUCAAAAAAAUAGAGCUGCUGUUUGCAUGUCAGUCUAAAGACUGAGUUAUCGCAAGUGAAAAUCCAGGGUUUCAGAACUCUGAACCUUCAUCUUCGUCAACUAAAGGACCUUGGAAAAUAACACUACUAAUUUUACAGUUUAAGAGCUAUUUUCAACAUCAGCUGUGGGUUUUCUUGGCUACUAAUGUCAGUGUACUGCCUUACUUAAUCAUGAUGGGCCUGCUUCGCUACUAGCAUGCAAUAGCGGACACCCCAAAAUGCAAGUGGGCAAAUAGAGGAGCAGGUGUGUGUUACGUAAGGCCCCCAGUGCAGUGCAAGGUAAUUUUAGCCUCAUUUGAAGACAUAAGAAAAGAGUAUCAACAGGUGUGCUAAAGGAAAAAGUGACCUCUGUCCCUCUUAGCACUCUUUGAAUAUCAGAGAACGUUCAGCUGCUUUUAUGGUGAGUAACGAUCAGAAAAGUGUGCCAUCUUAUCAGUUACACAACCAUAUCUAUUUAGGGCAUGAUAAAAAGAUCUUUUAGUUUUUGAUUGAAGCGAAAGAGGACACACUUACAAGUCUGAUCAGUCCCAGACAGGAGGGGAGUGUGCUGGUGUUUACAGAUUGUCUGUCUGCAUUAGUGUGUGUCCUUUGCUGUCCACAAAGAGCUUUUGACCUGAUUGUCUCCAGACCGAGAUGACUUUUCAAUCUGCCUUUCUGUCCUCUCUCUUUCUUUCUGCUAGACGUCCAUUGUUGAGGCUCCUCUGUCCUGUGUGACCCCCUAACACAGAGAGGUAUGACCACACACACUCACACCCCACUCAUCUACUGUAUAUGCAAAUGGAGGUGAACUUUAUCUCUGCUCAACACAGUCUCAGGCCAGAUGUCAAAAAGUCAGCGUAGACUUGUUUCCUCUUCUGGUGUGUGUGUGUGUGUGUGUGUUCAUAGCAGUGUGUCGUGUUUGUGUUUGUUUCUGUCAAGCUCAGCAAAUGUCAGCCAUAAUAAAACACCAUGGUGCAACAGCAGAGUGUCGCCACCCACACAAAUACAAAAAAGAGACAUACAGCUCCUCCAUUGUUGGCUGCAUACAGCUACAGUCCUGUCCCUUUUCUUUUUCUUUGACCUCUUCUCUUUUGUUUCCUCAACUGAGCCCCUAAUUAGAAGACAAAGCACGGAGGGACUCAUUAAUCGGGCAUUAGUCAAAUGAACGUCAGAGUUUGGACUAAGGGUUAUUUACACUGCAAAUAAGUUUGUUCAGUUUGGGCUUUGAAUUGGACUUUUGACACAAAAACUAAUGAAAAGUGGUCGCAAACCUCAACUGCAUAUCAAAUGAUGAAACCUUUCCAUUGUGUAGGAUCACCUCUUCUUCAACCACACUUUGUGAAUGUUUAGGAACCAAGGAGACCAGUUUCUGGAGUUUUAAAAGUGAAAUGCUGUCCCAUUUUUACCUGAUUUUGGAUUUCAGCUGCUCAACAGUUUAGGGUCUCCUUUGUUUUAUUUGGCUGUGUCACUGUGAUAGGCCAAUUAUUUUCAAUCUAGGACUACAGGACCAGCAUCAGGACCCUUCUACUACUGAGUAUGUGCUGAAUGUAGUUUGGUAUCUUCCUGCUAAAAUAAGUAAGGUCUACCCUUGAAAAGAGAGUGUCUGGACUAAGGCUGCACGAUAUUGGAAAAAACUAACAUUGCGAUUUUUUUCAACCCUGCGAUAUAUGUUGCGAUAUGAAAAAUAUAGGAAUUUUCACCAGAUGACCUGAAUAGCACUUAAUGUUAUGCUGCACCGCUGAAAUCUUGAGGACAGUUAACCUGCACUGAUUUUACCUCUUUUUGUGAAUGUUAGAAUGGCUUCUGUCUGUCUCAGAGAUAUUUUUAGCUUUUAUUGUGCUGGGACGUUAUUGUGGCGACAGAUGAACACAGAACACGUGUUUUGGUCAACAUCAUCCUUCUUUUAACCGAAAUAAUUCCAGAUAACUGACUUUCCUUUUCUUUUUGGCAACAAAUCUUCAUUUUCGGUGGUUUUCUCUUGUUCGUUGCUCAUUUUGCGAUCGUUGUUGUUGUUGUUAGCGGUGUUGUGCCGAGAAACGCAUGUCCUCCAAGAAUUGCAUGCACCUCGCAAAACGCGCACUGCUUAUAGUAGAGUGGUCCACGGAAAUAUACAUUUUAAAAUCCAUACAGUUCUUAUUUGUUGGGCUUAACAGUCAGUAAAGUUCCAAAAGUAAUUCUCAGCGGACACGCGUUUCUCGGCUCAACACCAGCAGCCAGCGAGUAACUCCAUGUGCAGAACAUGUGCAGGGGUGGGUUUCCUCCUCUCUGAUUUUGAUUGACAGCUGGCAGGGUAGUCUGAUUGGCAACUGAGAACUGAGUCUAAUGGCAACUGAGUAAAGGACGAAGGUGAUUGGUGGAUCGCUGCACAGCACAUGUAGAGUCACAUGGAGUGUAUCUCAGUCAGCUACCCUUGAAAUUAACUGAGUUCAUUCACCUCCGACAUCGCAGGCUCUGCGAUGUGACUAUCACGCACACGUACAUCGCGAUGACGAUGCUCAAACGAUAUAUCGUGCAGGCCUAGUCUGGACAGCAGCAUGUGUGUAGCCUUACUAUGGGCUCUUAUGUGCCCCAAUAUACUAUCACAAAUACUGGCUUUUGCAUGGUCAUUACAAGCCAGGUGGUUCUUCUCCUCUGUCCUAGAGGGAGGGAUGGACACAGUACCUAUGAUUUACAAAAAGAAUGUAAACUUUUGAUUGGUCGGACUACAGAACAGUUUUCCACCUCAUCCACGUUCAUCUCUCAUGGGGCCAGGGUUCCCGGAUCACGCUUAUUUAUGGUUUUCUCUUAGUAUGGUACAGUUUUAACUCACAGUGUGAAUGCAGUGGUGAAUUGUGUUCACAGACUGAUUUUUAGGAGAGAUUUUUGAGCCCAUGCAGUGAUUUACACGACAUAGUCAUACCUCUGUUUUGGACUUUUGUGUGGAAAAGACAGGACAAUAGACAGAGCAGGAAACAAGGAGAGGGAGCAGGGAGAGUGACAUGCAGAAAGAGCUUCAGGAUGGAAUUAAACCUGGGUUGACCGCUCGAGGCAAAAACCUGUGUGUAUGUGGCGCACACGUAGACAGUUUGGCAGGUAGUGCCCCACUGACAUUAUGUACCAUGAGAAAUAAAAUCCCCAAUUCACAGUUUUGUGGUCUUCUAUGUUUUUUUUUAAGACAACAGCAAUUUUUCAGUGCUUUGGAAUCCCUUUGCUGCCAGCAUCAAAUUUCAAGUAAGCACGUAAUUUUCCCCAAACAACAUUUUCAGUUGGAGCAUUUGGUAUGAUGUCUUUGUAGUUUUUUAAAUUUAAUAAAGGCUCUACAUGAUUUGCAAACCAUCAAAAUCUUUUUAAUCAGUAUUUCACAGCAGGACAACUGUUUUGGAACUGAGGAACUCUUUUAGCACCUUCAAUAUUUCCUCUCGCCUGUCGAUUUGUCUGAUGUUGGCCCGAGUUUUGGCUGCAUGUGCACCAUCCUUUUCUGAAGCAGGUCACAGUGUACCAGUCUGUUUGAUUUCCACAUCACUUUCUGAAAAAUGUUUGGAUCUUUUCCCUGAGACCGACCUUUGUACUCGGGCCCAGUGAUUGGAAACACAGCAGCCAAGCUGUUCCUGGCCCUCUAAAAUAGUUGGGGAUAAUUGUGGGAGGGGGGUAAUUAUAUCCAAGAUGAUUUAAGGCUUUCAGGGUUAUUAUGGGAAGUAAACCUCACUGACCAAAUGUUCCUGCAUGUCAGCUAUACACAGACGGACAUGUACAGACAGACAGAUAGACAGAGAGACGGGCUGUAGUUAUCACCAAGGCCAGGCUGGAAAUAACAGUUUACUCAUGCUGGGAGUCCAGUGUGGUAACCGGUGGGACUUUUGGGAACCGUCAGAGCUUUUUUUGGCUCCUGUAACAUCCAACACCUCUUUCGCCAAAUCCCAAUUAGUGCCAGCAACAAGCUCUUCAUUGACUUGCACACAUCCUCCUGUUCAUUUACCUUACCUUUCCAUCCAUUGAAGGAAUAUGGUAACAAUAUGGCAAACAUGCAUUCCAAGCUCAUUCUAUUCCUCUUAUUAUGCUUUGUGGCAGAGAGCCAGAGGACAAGACUCACACCACUUUCAUAUCUACUUGUUAAAUAUGAUGCAACAGCCAGACGUUGGUCAGCUAAGGUUGGCAGGGAACUGCUCGCCUGGCUUCAUCGAGGAAAAACAAAUCUGCUACCUGACCUGCAGCUCCUAAGCCCUAAAAUACCAGCUAAGCAACAACCAGUCAUGUAGCCAGAUUUCUGGGUCUAGUAGUCAGCAGUUAAAAGGAUUCUUUUUAAUUAAGAAGUCCAGGAUAAAAUGACUCAAAAUUUGAUAAAGUUGAAGCUUUCUCAUGGAAAAAUCACAGGAAGUUUGAGGUGACAGCACAGUUAGCAGAGGUUGUUGCUGAGGUCAUGAAAGCCAUUUGUGUGGAUUUUAAUGUUACCACAAAAAAGUUGGAUACACCCUAACAACCAUUUUCAAAGAAGAUGUAAGAUGUUGAGUGCUGUAGACAUGACAAGUGUCCAUAUUGCACCUUCAUAGAAGCUCAACAAUCCCCUAAAUCUUCUUUGAGAUCAUUUUCACAGGCUUUCUUCAUAGUCCUGAGAUGAAAAACUUUUCCAAAAGACAAAACUCACUUUCUUCUGACAUUCUUGUUCCCUCCACCAUGUUUGUUUUGCUGAUAAGUUUCCAAGCUGAGGCCACACCUGCACAGGUAGUCAGUAGUUUGCUCUCAGAAACAGGGACAGUGUGUUUACAUGCUACAGUAUUUCCCCCUUUUGUUUUGGAGUCCUCCAAAUUGCAGAGGUUUGUCAAAACUGAUAUGAGGGUUUUCACGGAUUUCUGAAACAAGGAAAGUGCCAUGCUUCAAAACUCUGGACGGAGUGAGUGAGAAAUAUCAAUAAAACAGCUGUCUGAAGACAUGGUGGAGUGUGUGUGUGUGUGAAGGAGAAAGUGAGUGAGACAGAGAGUGACUGAAAGAGCAGAGGAAUCCCUCUUUUGUCUGGGUGAAACUUGAAGUCUCCUUGGAGGAUUUCAAAUCCUCUCUGGAAUGUGUGUGUGUGUGUGUGUGUGUGUGUGUGUGUGUGUGUGUGUGUGUGUGUGUGUGUGUGUGUGUGUGUGUGUGUGUGUGUGUGUGUGUGUGUGUGUGUGUGUCAAUGUGCGUGUAAGUGCCAAUUUCUUAGAAAAUGUGUGUGUGUGAGUGGGUUGGCCUGUCACCACAUUUAUACAAGGAAUGCAAAUAUUUGUGUGUGUGUGUGUGUGUGUGUGUGUGUGUGUGUGUGUGUGUGUGUGUGUGUGUGUGUGUGUGUGUGUGUGUGUGUGUGUGUGUGUGUGUGUGUGUGUGUGUGUGUGUAUGAGCUUGAGUUUUUUGGGUGUAGCAUAACUGUUGUCAUGGUGACUGAUAUCCUCUCGUAUUUUCUUUCUUUCUUUGAUCUCUUUCUUCUUUCUUUUUGGGUUUGCAUUUAGUUUUUUCUUUCUUGAUACUUUUUUUCCCCUCUUACCUCUCACCUCAUCAUGUUUCCUUUCUUGUUUUUUUCACUCCCACAUAAUGAACCUUCAUACCUCUUUUCCAUUUUACUUAAUAUUUGCUUUUCUCUCUUUUUCUCUCGUCCUUUUCUUCUGUUUUGUGUAUUUCUAUCCUUUUCCCCUCAUCCUGUCCUCUGCCCUGCCUUUCCUUUUCACUCACAGUCCAUCCCCUCUCUCUUUUUCUCAGUACCCUUGUUAAGUAGUUGAGCUGCCAGCCUGCAGAUCAGAUUUCAUCAGCUGCUCUCAUUAAUGUGUUUAUUCAAGGAGCACUCAGCUCAUCCUCUGGUGGCCUUGAGUUUGACUCAGACUCCUCCUCUAGUUUGUGGGUGUGUCACAGUGUUUACAGUAGACCUGUGUAUAUAAAUAGCUUUAGCUUUAAACUACCCUGCUUGUCAGUAUAAUGUUGUAUUUACAUCCAUGUGGUUGGCUGCUGAGGUUUCUAUGUGGAGAUCAUUUGAAACACUUAAAACUGAUGCAGGAAUUGAUUAGUGUUGGUCUCUGGUUUUGCCGACCACAUUUCCUGUGGAAGACCAGAAACGGAAAUGUGUUGAGUCAACACCAAACAAUGCUCAUACAAUUACUGCACACACGGAAGAAACAGGACAGGGGAAAAUUAGGUCGCUGCUGGUAGGACACAACCAAGCAGUAUAUGGUCACCUCCAAGAAUGAAAAGAAAAUAAUCCAUAGCUAAUGGUCAGGUGAAGUACUGAGAAACACCAGCAGCUCAACCAGGCCAUCCAUGCACAAGAAACUGAAGCAAUCAUCAGAUAAAACACAGCAGGACUUCCUGAAUGUUUCUUCUUCUUAAUUGCAACCUGGUUAAAUCUUGGACCAAACUUCAUGAUGAAAAGUUGCAGGUAAUGAGUUUGACUGUUGUUAUGUGCUUUUAUUGCAGGAUGGUGAUGGAGGAGGGGAGUCAGAGAGACCGAGGGAGGGGGACUCUAGUGACAGCAGGAGGAGAAGGAAGGCAGAUCUUCAAAGAACUGGGUGAGUGGCAUUUAUUCACUGUAAAGGAACUGAGGCUACAAACUGCUUGUAUGAUUGUCGGGAUCCCAGAGAUCAGGCAUAAUGACCCAUCAGAGCUACUUUUUGAUUUACAGGGGAUCAGAACCUUGAUGCCAUUUGUCUCUCUACAUAUCGAACAGCCUGCAAACUCAGAUUCAUACAGAAGAGGUGCAACUGUAAGUCAACUCUGCUGUUCUCCAGCAUGGUGACGGUGAUUGUUGAGUGAUGGUCUGAAUUUAAAUCUACAUUAUUUCUGGUUUGUUCUGGUGCAGUUUUAACAUCACUUCCAAAGCCAGUACAGCUGUUUCUGUGAGGUUUAAAUUCAGUAUCAGCAAAUCUUUGAAAUCAAGUGUCACAACUACUGCAGAAGCAUACUUUAUGAUUCAAAUAGAAAAAAAUGGUAAACUAUAUCAAUCUUUUUUCAAAUGUCUUGUUGAGAAUGUUUUUCUGACCGGCUGUCUUUCAUUCCAGUGCACUUGGUGGACAUAUACCAUGUCAUAGAGGCAGUGCGAGACGCUGGUCUGAACGCUGUGGAGUUGCACGCUGGCAUCUCUGUGGUCAGACUGGAGAACUUGGUGUCCUCUCUGUUCAACCAGCUGGGCAAGCGCCUGCCCACCACACUCACCAUCAACCCCAGAGAGAGCACUGUCCUGUUAGUCCAAUUCUUACUGGCAGCUGUUGACAGGUAACUUAGAUUUAUAUUUCAGCACCAGCUCUCUUCUCCAUCUUGACAUUCAGCUGUUUCCUUGCAAGUCAUAUCCAUGCUUGAGCUUAUUAUCAGUUGUCUGAUGUGUCUUAAUUUUACAUUUUUGUGUCAGUGAGCCAAACAGCUGCCUGACGGUGUUCUCUGUGAAGGCGAUGCUGGCCACGCUGUGUGGAGGGAAACUGGUGGAUAAACUCCGCUGUGAGUACUAAAUAGUGGUAGUCAAACAUUUCCACAGUAACUGUCUUAUAUUUCCAGUCAAAAUCAAAACUGUUCCUCAAAAAUGGGAAGGAAAUGAAUUGUUUCUCUUGUAGGCUGUAGGCUUAGAAAUAAAAUAGAUGUAGCACAACAGGAGCAAGUGUAUUGUGUUGUUUAUGUAGUUGGGCUUUACUGUAUUUUAAUGUGUUCCAGCUUCAGUCAACAUUAAAAAAUGAGCAAAUAAGCACAAACAAGCACCAUCAGGUAGCCUUUUUUGCAGAGAUGGGAAUUACAAUGAACUUUUCAUACAGGUUCAUCUCAAUAAAUUGAAAAUUGAUUUUUUUUUUGAUUUUCCAUCAAUUUUAUUUAAAAAGAAAGAGAUCUAAACCGUUGCUCAGCAGUCCAUUAGAGCACUUCAUGCUGUCCAUCUGCCAACAAGCUUGAUAGAAAUUUUUGUUUUCAAGCAGGACUUGGCACCUCCCCACAGGGCUAAAUCUACCAUCAAAUGGUUUGCUGAUCAUGAUUCCACUUUGCUUGAUUGGCCUGCCAACUCACAUGAUCUGAAACCCAUCAGGAAUCAGUAGAAUUUUGUCAAGAGGAAGACAAUACACACCCAACCAAAAAUCAGGUCAAGCUGACGGCUACUAUACGAGCAACUUGGGCUUCAGUAACACCUCAGUAGUGGCACAGUUUAAUCCCCUGUCUGCCACACCACACUGAUGCAGUAGUUUUGAUAAAGGCGCCUCAACCAGCUGCUGAGUUGAGAUGAACAUACUUUCCAGAAAUUGACAUUCUUGUACUUUAUAUCAUCAAAAAUGAAAGAAAGAAACACUUGAAUGAUUUAACUUGUGACACAAAUAUAAUAAUAAAUGAAAACAAGAUGAAAAGGAAAAACCUUUUAUGAUGUCCUGAUCAACUGAGAGGUGCCUGUAAAAGUAGUUAACAAAACUAGACAGUAAAACAGAUUGAAAAACAAACAGAAACUUGUGCCAGCUCCUGUCACUAUCAAGUUAAAGAAAAUUAUCGUUUGAGCUCUUGCUUUUAUUUGGAUUGUUUGAAGAGUUCUGUGAUAUUUAUGGUAAAUUGAGGAUUCAAGUUAAAAAUCUAGUGUUAUGCUUAUUCUUAAAGUUUUGAAUCAUCAACCUAAUUUUUUAAAUUUGAAAACAGCUGAGGACAUGUAAAUCUGUACCACAGUUUUCACUGUUUAUUUAUGAAUAUUACAAAGCAGCUUUCACUGUGAAUGUAUGGAGACAUAUAAAUGCUACGUAUGUGCCACCUUGUGGUAGGUGCAGGUCAGUGCUGCUAUGUGCUCAUAUGCAUGAAACAUGCUCUUUCAGCUUUGAUAUAUUAACAGACUCACAGUUUGAAGAACAGAGAAAAGUUUUCCCCCAUGGGUAAAAAAUAGAUUUUUAAAAAGUGAGAUAUUGGGGAGCAGUUCAGGGAGCUGUAAAGUGAGUAAGGUUUAUCAGUUUAAGUGUAGUGCCUCUCUGAAUGUGUGUUUGCAUGUGUUUUGUAGAUGUAUUUUCUCAGGUAUCUGACUCCCAUGGCGCUUUGGUACAAUCCAAAUUUGAUGGCUUUCUGAGGGAGGCUCUCAAGCUGCCCACUGCUGUACAUGAAGGACCAUCCUUUGGCUACACACACACUCUAGCACGCUCAUGCUUCCCACAACAGGUUUGCUCUCAGAUCUCAUCCAUCUGUCCUUUAUCUCAGAGAUUUAUUGUUUAUAGUAUCGUAUUAUACACAAAGUUUCUGCCACUGCCUGCUUAGUCUGCAGAAGAUUAUAAGAAGUUCAUACAAUUCCAACUUCAUCUUCAGCCUUUACUGGAACCUGUUCUACAUCUUUGAGGUGUUUUUAAAAAAAAAAAAUUUUUUAUCAUUGAUCAUGUAGAAGAGAGUGAUGCUCAACAUGUUCCUGGAUGUCAUAGCUGAUCCUCCACAGUGUCUUGUCUGGUUGCCUCUCAUGCACCGUAUGGCAAACGUGGAACAUGGUACAUGCACUUACACGCACAUUGACACACACACACACACACACACACACACACACACACACAUUGGCUCAAGUCAUGUCUGCAUCUUGGUGCAAUACCCAAAACUUGAAGCUCUGUAUUUAAUCCUUAAAUUUGUUCCAUGGGUUAAGUUAGUCGAGUGCAGUGGUGUGAGAUUUACAUUUGAAGUAACAGUUUCAGAAAUUACAAAGUUUUUCCAAUUUUAUUAUAUUACCUAGUUUUAUUAUUGAUUAAUAAAAUUAACCAAACAAAAGGUUUCAUUAAAUCUUUCAUCAUUUCACAGUAGCAGUCAGUAUAAGCAAAUCUACAUGCAAUGAUAACUGACAGUGAAACGUAAUGAUCGUUACAAUGCCACUUUGUGGCUUUCAGUUGUAUAUCCUGUUUUUUUUUUUUUCUUCCAGUCUAUCAUCCAGUCUCAUGCUCCUACUGUCGAAGCAAUGGCAUGACCGGCUUCCGCUACCGAUGCCUUUGUUGCCGUGGUUACCAGCUCUGCCAGGACUGCUUUUGGCGUGGCAACGCCAGCGGUUCUCACAGCAGCCAGCAUCAGAUGAAGGAGCACUCAUCCUGGGUGAGUUAUCUUGUAUUUCCAUAUGUGUGUGGGUCAUUCAGAGUCUUGAGACCGUAGACUGCAGAACUUGAUGGAUGACAAAACCUCUCUAAAAGUAAGGCCAAAAUAUUCAGCCACUCCCCCUGCUGACUGGAUGCAGAGUGGGUUGUUAGCCCACCUCUUUUGUGUCUCAAAAUUGCAUCAUGCCUAAAAAUACAAAUUUGUAUUUCUGAUCAAAUUUUGUCAACUUUUGCUUUAAGUUGGAGAAAUAGAAUCAGAAGAAAUGAUGUAAUCAUGUCAAGUUACAGCGUGUGCUGCUCCUUUACUUUAAUUUCUUUUUCUUAUUCUGAGUUUAUUUUCCUGAUAUGUUUUAGUCUAUUUUGAACAGAAAUUAGUUUACAUAAGGCUUUUAGAUACAUUCAUAUAUUCCCUUUCCUCGUUUUAACUGCUCCUGGCUAAAAGAAAUAAGUAUUUAGGCUUUUGUGUGUGUACAAGGAAAAUGACAAUAAGCCAGAUCUUGAAUAUUAAAGCUGCAGUAGUAUUCCAACACCUAGCCCGAAGGAGGAAAUGUUUUCGAUGAAGAUAUUAUGCAUUAAUAGAUGGAAACAUAGUUACUGAAUUAUUCAUCCUCACCCAGGCUCAGCAUAAUUUGGCUCAUUAAAGUUUCAGUUUCAGGGAUAAAUCUCUUCACUGGUGCACUCAUGCAGCUCCGGAUGGUCCAGCCGAAUCUCUACAUCACAGGCAGCGUAUCUCCAUAAUCCUCUGCAGACAUUUACAUUUCAUUUUCAACAUGAGCCACUUUUGAGGGCUAUUUCAUUUUCUGCUUGUCUGCUACAUUUCUUUACUUUCACACUUGGGAAAUAGAGAUUUAUCUCCUUUCUGCUUUAGUGAGUUUUGAUCUGACACCAGAACUUGAAGAUGAUCUUCUGAUCUCUUAAUCUCUUGGCUUUGAAGGUUUAGCUUGAUACUAGUGUAGCACUUGGAAUUGGUUUAAAUUGAAAGCAGGGAUUCAGUUGUAAUUGAGACAUAAAUAUUUAUUAUCUCUCCUGUUAUCCUCUGUAAAUGGUCAUUUAUUCAAAUCCUUUUUAACAGUGAGCAGCACAUCUAUCCUCUCUAGAGCCCAUCGAGAUAAGUGAUUGUGUGCAGGUAUUUGUAAGAAUGUUACGUCUUCAACAAAGUAUGUAAAUGUUUCCAUGUUCCUCUGUAUGAGUAUAACGUAGUUAAAAAGUGUUUUCACCAAAAGUUAUCAAACAGGUCUGCUGAAGGAGACUGAAGAAAUCAUAGAAGGAUUCAAAUGAGUUUAUAAUCAGUUUACAAACUGGGGAAAAUAUUAUGCACUUAAUUUAAGCAUGAUGAGACUCUUGAAUCUUUUAAAUGAUCAUCACAGGGUUUCAGAUUUUUAUCAGGCAAGAUUAACUUGAAUUGAUGGAGUUCAGUCCUACUCUUGAAUGCGGAUUAUAUUGCUGCAAAAACAUUUUCCAAAUGUUAACUAAGUCACUCAACACAUGAAUGUUUGCUUGACACCUGUGCGUCUGAUUGUGUGUGUGUGCAGAAGUCAUCAGCGACAAAGCUGGGCCGAGCCCUGAGCAGGACUCUGGGCUGUGUGUCAUCCAGAGAGCCUCCUCACCCCAUUUACCCAGAGGAACCUGAGAGGACCCUCAACCUCGCCAACAUAGUGUAAGACCUCACAUCUGCACCUGCCUCACAACAUCACACACAUCCAGCAUGUCUCACAUUUGCAGCGACAUCUUUGCACAACUGCUACUCCUGAAUCCUAAUGGUGAUUUUUUUUUAGAGGCCAUGAAUGAGAGACCAUUUUUUCCAUUUGAUAGAAUAUAACAUUUUAAUAAUUCUAUAAAAGGAGAAACAAAAUUUCAGAGCUCAGAUGAACAUUCAGUGAAAAAAUGUAGAAAGGAAAGUACAAGGCUCAGUCGAAUGAUGCCUCAGGGAACCUUUGGAUUUUUGUGCAGUCAUCUGUAGUUUCCAUGGAAGAAAAAGUACAGAGUAAAUACUCAGUGAAAGAAGAGUCACAGUUAUUGGUAGUUAAUAGUUAUGGUCCUCUUUUCCAGUCUCAAGAUUAAUGCAGUCUUAAGGUAGGGUAGGCAGGAUCUGAGAAAGUGCCAGUUUUUGGGAGAAAUCUUCAACGCAAACACCAGCCCUCCUAACCAGUUUCCCCUUAGCUCCUCCCCUCCCCUCCCUCUCUGCUCCAGCAAGCCCCGCCCACAAAUAGAUGCUCCUGCUCGCUUGUAUUGUUUCAAUAAAAUCCAGAUAUAAUGCAGAUAAAUACUUCAGAUAAUUCCAAAGGGGCCUCGUCAACGUGUGAGUAAAAAGCAUCAGUGCCACUGUAGAUGCCAACAGACUACCAGCAAACACAAUGUUUGCAGGACUUCUACAACUAGGAUGAAGUGACAUACUCCAGGACCCGAGGUCAACGGUUUAGCAGCGCUACAACACGCAGCAAGUCCUGUUUGACAAGAAACACUUCUGUUACAGACACUUGGUUUUCUCUGUUUACCUGUCCAGCAGAAAGUUUACAGGGUCAGUAAGAUCCCAAAGCGUCCCCCAUCGUUUAUGCUGAUGUUGACCUGGCUUCUUAGUUCUUGUCCGGACUACGUCCUUUUUAAGCGCCAGUUAUUCUGCCAGAGUCUCCGGUAUUUACUUUGUUUUCUUACUUGUGUUGGCAGUCGUGGCCAAUGGAGGAUUCAGACAAUUUUCCCGAACUUUCUGGUUGGUUUCUACUGUCCGAUAUUGUAGCAUGCUAACUUUGUUUGGGCUCGUAAACGUUAUUUGAGGACGUGGAGAGUACCUCACAACACGAGGGAGCAGCAUCUGCCUCACAACCAAUCAGCACGAAGGAGCAGCGUCCGCCUCACAACUAAUCGGGUUGGGGGAGGUGGAAAAUGGCUUUGUUUACUGUCAAAAUGAGUGGGAUGCCCAAAAAAUGUAAAAUGUUGACUACACAGACAUAAGAGAACACAGCGAUAUCGUGAUAUUCCCAAAUGUCAUCAAUAACUAAUAGCUAUUGACUGAUAUUAAAAGCUCUUUUGUAUAUACACCACAAAAAAAGAUGCUUCUUUAACAGAGUCCUGCCUACCCCACCUGUAAUUUAUCAUAACAGACCAAUACAUUUUGUUCUGCUACAGGUUUCAUAACAAGACAGAUUCAUAUGUCAGAAGAAAAGAAAAGAUGAAGUAAGUUAGUUAGAACUUGAUUUGUCCCAGAGAGGAAAUUUGAGAUUACAAUUGUAAAAUAAAUAAUAAUGAAUAUAUUAAUAUUCAUUAUUCUAUGUAUCACAAUACAUUUUAUGUCAAAUAAUGGCAAGUAACUGUUUUAGUUUUUAUGUUAGGGAUGAGAAACAGGUUAUAAUUUAGAAAAGAUAAAGAUUAAAUAGGCCUCAUGUGCAGCUAAUUAUUACAAAAUGACAUUAAUGGUCUUGAUUGUCCAUCUAUAUAUCACAUAUAUGAACAUGAGUUAAUCAUCCAAUGGUGGUUUUAUUGAUUCACUUGAUGAUAUUAACCAUCAAAGUCAUGGGAUCUAUUUAUAUUAAAAAAAAAAAGAGGUCAUUCAUUGUUCAGUGAAAUACUGGCUCAGUUGAAGACCAUGGUAGAGGCUCUGAUGAGAAUAUGAACAAUUAGAGAAAGCAUUCACAGACUACCCAGCAGCACACUUUCAGUUUAUUAUCAUGUUUUAAAUGUACACAAAAAGAUAGCAAGAAGACCUCAGAAGCCCCUCCUCUAAAGCUAACCACCCUGGUUGCUCCGCCCCCUCAUGUUGGGUCACACAGUUUGAUUUUUCCAAACUUCGCUAGACUGGGUCACUACAAACCUCCAAGCACCGGACACACAUUCAUGUCAGCACACAGAGACUGCACUUAGCACAGAUGUGAGUAUGAUCAGGAUUAUUCUCACUCAGGUUCAUUCCCCUCCUGAGCUGCACUUCUUCUAAAGCUCUCCUUUUCAUAUCCAUUUGCUCUGCAUUUUACAGUCUUUUUUUUUUCUUUCUUUCUCUGCCUGUGGUGAUCUUUGCCCUGUCUGUGUUUGCUCGGACUAGCACAAUUCACCAUUGCAUGAUUGCACUCGGAGCACGUGAGAGUGUGUUCGUAUGUGUGUGUAAGAAUGUGUGUUUUCUGACGGGCAGACCGUUGUGCUUUUUAGGAAGGUCCUGCACUCAUAAAUGUGUUUUUGAGCUUUAUACUUAAUGAAAUGACUGUUGGGUAAAGAAACACAGCAAAGCCAGAUGUUAUUUUGACAUACCAAUUCAUGAAAAUGAGCAGUGGACAGGUUGGCUCAUCAAGCUGUUACUACUGUUGUAAAGCAACCCUAAGAGAAGCCGGCUUACAGCCAGCAUAUUGUGACUUAUUUAAUUAAAAAUGAUGAAUAAAGGAAUGUUGACACCCUCAUAUUAACUUAAUGGAGCAACUCCUGCCUCAACAAUCAACAUUCCCCAUCAAGCCCUCUUUUAUUGUAGGGGUGUAGUGUUGUGUAAAAACACAACACUGUCAGAAAAAAAAUCAAAUACUAAAGGCUCAGUUUAUGACAAGGCACACUAAUCCUAAACUUAUGUUUUUAUUUGUCAGGCAGCUACUACAUCACCUGCCUGAGAUUUAUCAAUGAAGUCAACUCCUCUCCAUCUGGGAAUACAGUGCAAAGACAGUGUGCUUCGACUGUUCUUGGUUGUAGUUUUUCAGUUUGAGAAGUUCAGAGCACUUCUGCAAAAUGUGAGGAUGCUCUGGAUGCAUUCGUAAAACAGUUACUGAUUUAAAGGUAAAAUGUGUAGUAACAAGUAACAGGAGUAGAAUUUAACAUUCACAAAUAUGUUUAAAUUACAAAAUAAUCACCAGAAUAUACAAAAGAUAUUGUUUUUGUCAACUUAAAGUCAGUGUUUGAUUUAUGCAUAAGGAGUGGUGUUUACACAGAGGCCACCAUCUUUUACUGCUGUGUUUCUGCUGUUGCACAGAACAUAGAAACUAGUGACAGCCAUGUGUGAUUUUGGAUUUCAUGAGUAGCCGUGCAAAAUGCCUGGGCUAAAACAAUGAAGAAGAGGAAAGUCGUUGACAUGCACAAAGGAUUUUAUACUGAUUAACACUUGAGGGAUCAUAUUCAUGCAUCAUCAGAGCUUAUUUUUCCCAGGCAGAGGCUGUCAUUGCUUUACUGACAGGAGGGGUGAGCGUGUGUUUCAGUCGAGCAUCUGACUGCUAUACAAUUCCCCGUUUUACACACUGUAACUCAGAGAAAAACUCUUCACAAAACCGUAUCCUGUCUGAUCAAGGCUUGACUCUUUGUUUACACCCUUGAUAACACUGAUCUGAUGUGUAUACUAUUUAUGUUCAUGUGUGCAGCCCAACUCGUCCCCUUAGAGACAGCAGUGAAGCCAUGUUGCUGUCAUCAACAGCCCCAGAGUCAUCCAAAAGGUAAGCUACAGGGAAGAGGUGAAUAAAAAAAAACCUUUCAGUGUUUGUGAUGUUUUGUGUUGUCUAAUAAAGAGUUUGCACAAGUCUGGAGCGCAUGGCUGAAAAUGUUGUAGAUUGCUUAUCUAAUUUCUGUGGAUGAUUGGAUGAAAAGAAGUAUUACUGGCCAAUAAAGGAAAGAGUAUCAGGACUUUAAAUUCACCUGCUGAUCAUGAAGAGAAACCAGUCUGUUUGAUUCAAAUAGAUGAAUAACUGCCCUUCUCAACAUUCCUGGGCUCAGGUCUUUUAAAUGAGGUGGUUCUUUAGAUUUAUUAUAUGUAGCAUGAUAAGGAUUUAUUUUUUUAAAUCAUUUAUCCUUGACAAACUCCCGUAUGAAAUUUUCACAUGAAAAACCAAUAAAAUCAAUAAAAAUGAUGAUUUCUGCAGAGUGUGCAGACAUUACAUGAUAUUUCUCUAAUAGUGAUAUAACUUAAAAUAAUACACAUUAAUCAGGCAUACAUGUCCUGUCUUUUCUUUUAUCUAGUUUGGCAGCUGCUCAGCGUAUGAACGAGGAACACGCUCUGAUCGCUGCGUAUGUGAAUCGCCUCCAAAGCAGCCCAAGGUGUCACAGUUAGCUGUCUUAGUGUUCUUACUUUUGGUUUUAUUUGAGGUCUGGCAUGUCCCCCUUCUACCUUACUGCUGAUAUAGGCACUCAAAUCUGUCCCUUGUCAUGUGUGUAAUUGCUCACAGUUGAUAUUUAACCCUUUCAGUGAAUAUUUGAUGACUGGAGGAAAACUAAUAUUGAAAAGAUGUUCAUGUUUGCUGAUUCUCUUGCUCUGUGUGUGUUUUAGUAGUGCAGACAGUCCUGGCAGACAAGACGAGGAGCACAAGCUGAUCGCCCGCUACACCUCCAGACUGGCAGAGACAGACAGCGCAGCAGUGAGUCAACGUUUUAGUUCUCACACACACACACACACACACACACACACACACACACACACACACACACACACACACACACACACACACACACACACACAUUAAAAUAAAUGGUCAUAGACUCACAAUCAGGUACCACUAUGACCCAUUAACAGAGCUCCAUGGUCCCUCUUGAUCUUAAAUCUCGAGCUCUGAGCUAGGAUUUUCUUUGGCUUGUCAGAUGAUUAAUGAACAACCCAGAGGUCAUGAGAAGCCAAACAAGCUCAAGAUCUUUUGUGUGUUUCUUUCAGGUGAUUCCAAACCGGAGUAUCAACUUUGAUGUGAACAAACAGAAGAGGGAGCUCAUUGCUCAGCUGGAGUGCAAAAACAGGUAGAAAUAUACAAAUUAGCUGAGUCAACCCUUCCAAAAUCAAGUCUGAGGAAUGAGAAAAUAUGAAAAUUGUUAUUGAAGUAAAUAUUUAACUCAUUCCGUUAAAAACUAUUUAGAGGAUCUAUAAAUCCUCAAAAUUGGACACCCAAUGCAUGCAGUGGCAAAUUACAAAACACUCUUCAAUUGAAUGUGUAGAUUAUGGGGUGUAAAAUAUCCCAAACUGCUGCUUUAUUUAGUACCUGCAAGCAUCUCUCUUUCAGCUUAAAGAAAGGUCUGUCCCUUCACAAUAAAAGUACUCUGAGUGGGUUUUUACUGACUGAAGUUAGAUAUAUCUUAAUGUCUGUAAUAAAAUGCUUCUUUCAGAAGCUGAAAACACAAAAAGGUUGAAAAUAAAGACAAUAAAGCAAAUAAAAUACAAAGGAAAUACAGCCAACAAUCUUAAAAAAGAAAAACAAUAAAAGCUCAUAUGAUGAGUGGAAUUAUAGAAUGAGUCUUGAGAUGUUUUCCCUAGAAUCUGACUGGAAAAUCUGUAAAAGUGUGUUUGAGUGUCUUUGUGCAAGUCCCCGCCCUGACUUCUCACAGGGUGUUCAGUCAUGUAACUCUCCUCCGCCUCCUGAGCUGACAGUAUGUUUUUCAUUUCCCAGAGAGAUUUUGGCAGAGAUCAAACGUCUCCGUGCGCAGCAUGAUGCAGCGUGCCAGGCCAGCCCAGAGAAAGGCAGCACCAACCCCACCCUGCUCGCCGAGCUCCGUCUGCUCAGGUAAACAGACUCCACCAAGGACCUUCUCCAUGUACACAUACUCUCACUAUUGUUUGUUUUUUUGUGUGUGUCACAACUGGAACCCACAGAAAUGAUACCCAAACAUAAUUUUCAAAGCCAACAAAGUUUUCUGUUCACGACCACUUUGCCUGCUUCGCUGUGUGCCACAGUGUCAGAUUUGGCGGGAAAUCUGCUGUGUUGUUUUGCCACACAGAGGGAGAGUGCUUUACGGCAGAUGGUGAUGACAGAUGGUGGAAAUUUGUAUAAAGCCAAUGUAAAAUUCACUUCCAACAUAUUUAAGCUUUUCAGGGAAAACAAAAACUCAAAGGAAGAGGAGGAGGACUUAACAUAAGAACAAAUCUGCCCGGGAGGAUGUUGCAGUAAUUGCAAUUUGAGAAUUCUAGUGAUUUAAAAUGCCUGAGUGACUUUGAACUCUGUUUAUUUUCUUGUAACAUUUUCAACCUCCCAAAGACUGCAGCUGAAAUUCAGCAUGUACAGCUAAAUCUGACACUGCAAGUGCUUGAAUUACAUCUCCCUUCAAUUCAUUUGCAUUGUCUCUUUUGGGUUUUUAAAUUUAAUUGAAAUGAUCCAAAAAAGGUGCAAAACAGAGGAGCUUUAAAUUCACUGCAAGUUAUUUUUCCUAUGCUAAUACAGCACACUGUUGUUCUGUAGUCGUGAAAUCUUACCAGAGAAAGAUGUCUCAGUUUGUAUUGCUCAGGGCUAGAGCCACAAGGGGGCGCUGAAAUCAAAUGUUUUUCAAAACAGUAGAAGGACAGAGAAAACAGAUGAGUUGGUGGUGAUGAUAGUUUAAUUUUCUAAUGACUUUUCAGGUCUGAAUUAAAGUGCAUGUGUUUUAAUAACUGAGGCAACCUGAUCACACACACACCAACACUGUCCCAUCUAUCAAAGUGAUAAACAACAAGAGUGUCAGUACUGUUAGCUCUACUGAUUCUCAUCUGUCUCUUGAAGAUACCCCAGAGAUCCUCUAUGAGAUUCAGGUCAGGCCAGUUAGCUGGCCAAUCAUGCACAGUGAUACCAUAGCCAGAAAAAACUGUUUCUGGUAGUUUUGGCGCUGUGGGCAGGUGCCAGGUACUGCUGGAAUAGGAAGUCUGUAUCUCCAUAAAGCUUCUCUGCAGAUGGAAAUAUGAAUGUCUCUUAAAUCUCCUGGUAGACUUUGGACUGUGUUGACUGUGGACGUGAUAAAACACAGAAUACUGACAGCAGCAGAUGACAUUGGACCCCCAAAUCAUCACAGACUGUGGAAAUUUCAUGCUGGACUUCAAGUACCUUGGAUUCUAUGCCUGUGGGACCUUGAUUUCCAAAGAAACAAAAUGUACUGUCAUCUGAAAACAGGACUUUGAAACACUGAGUAAUAGUCCAGUUUUUUUCCCUCUUAGCCCAGGUGAGACUCUUAUGAUGCUGUCUCUGGUUCAGGAAUGUCUUGACAGCAGGAGCAUGACACUUAAAGUCCAUUUCCUGGACUUGUCUUUGUGUAGUGCCUCCAGCCUCAGUCCACUCCUUGUGAAGCUCCCCUUAGUUUUUGAAUCUGCUUUGUUGGAUCCUGUCUCUCAAGGCUGGGAUCAUCCCUGCAGUCAUAAUGAAAAAUACUGCAAUGUUGGAUAGUGUUCUCUGUCACUCCUGUGUUGGAAAUUUUAGUUUUGGAUCACUCAAAUCUGGAGUCACUGUCUGACUCACUCUCUUGUUUUGCUUGUUUAUUUACUCAUUUGAAAAAAAGCCAAGUAUGAAUGAAAAAAGUUCAGCUCCCUCUUCAAUGUCCAAUCCAGACCCGAUUCUGUUUGGAAAAGAAAAACAAGUGUAAACACCUCUGUAUUCUUGUGUCUCCAUCCUGUUGUCAGCGACAUUUGCUGGCUCCUGAAUCUUGGCCUCUUUCUGCCACCAAUUUUCAGUGAAUACUUAAAAUUCAUCAUUCAAGUGCAGUUUGGAUCCAGAACUCUGUGGCCUGUGUGAUGAACGUCUUCAAUGUGUCUGCCGACAGUCGCGUUUGGUUUCAAUACUCAGGUUUUCAUGACACUCACAUGUUACAGUCGGCUAACUCAGUCAAAUGUAAUAUCCACUGAGUCUUGUCUUUAAACCCUGAAACAAUCACAAGGGAAAACUUGAAGGUUUUAUGACUGUGCGUUUCCCUGUCUUUGAUCACCAAACAUUGGUUUUCCAUGUGGUUUCUUCUCAAGUUUUUUUCUGGCAUGGCAGUCAGAUGGCCUUAUCUGAAUCCAACUUUGGUAACAGUAGCCUCGUGAUUGAUCUUUUGACUGAUGACAGAUGAUAUUACAGCUCCUGUUAUAAAUAUCACAAUUAAACGGGCACCAACUGUGAAGUCAAAUGAAAUGGAUUUCCACCUACUGAUUGGCUAAAGAAGAGUGUUGAUUUAAAAAGCUGUUUGAGAUCUAGUCUUUGGACUAAAAUGUUUUAGUCACAAUUUUUUGUUGAUUUUUGUCCUAAAUGCUGAUUUUGCUAAUAACUCAAGUUUUUAUUAGUGGCGAAAUUUAAAGAUGCUAGCUUGGCAGCUUUGGUUCCUGCAGUGUCCCAUACAGCGUUCUUCGGCUGCACUGGUGCAGUAUGUGUUUUUUGGCUUCACAUUUCAGUGGGCCGAGAAGAAGUGGCCAAGUCCAUUCUGCUCACAGCCGAUGGUCAAAAUAUGUAGAGCUCCCCCUACUGACUGGCUGGAGUACAUGACAUAGAACAGAUAGGACAUGAGUCAAACUUUAAGAUCAAAGUCUACAUCAAAAAAAAGUUUCUGUGAGUAAAAUUUGUUCUUAUGAUUUUAGAUUUUUGGCGUAGUGCUCUUUUCUUUUUUGAGAAGUUGAGUUUAAUUUGUUUUUGAUGCUGUAAACAGGAGAAAAACUCCAUGAUUGACAGCUCUGUUGACAAGUUUGUCUGUAAUGUGUGUACUAGAAUAGCAGAGUAGAGGAGGAGCAGCGAGAGGAAAGGUAAUGAGCACUAACACAAGAGUCAUUAAACUCUGUAUUGUUACUGUCUGCUUCAAAUCUGAACAAGAAUCCCUCACUGUCGACUGCAUUGACAUGAGAGACCUUUACUGUUGUAUCUCUGAGUUUGACGUGUGUUUUGGAAGCAGAAAGUUUUGAUGUCAAAUUGUUCCUCCUCCAGCUGAUUGCUACUCGGCAGAUUCUGGUUCCAAAAAUGUCAUCAGUGCAAUACGUCAGUGCCUUGAAUGGGUGUGUUUUGGCUUAAUUUUUGCACCACUGGAGACACAUUAUCCGUCUGGAUUUGGCCUGAUACUCAGUGUUUUGCAGCUCUCUGACUGUUAAGAGCCGUUUCAAAACCAUCUCAGUUAUGGUACGAAGAAAGGAGCGUGCGCUGGAGUUUGCUUCUUCCGUUCCUGACAUUUUGAUCUCUCUGAUGAAAGCUGAAACUGUUUAUGUGGCUUUGUGGAAAUGAAUGCACGAAAUCAAAUUUGGGUAUGCAUGGCAUGGAUGAAGUGUAAAGGGAGCAAGACACUUCAAUGCCAGUGGUUAGAGAUUUCUGCCCUUAUGUCUUGCCGUUGUAUCUUUGUGACCUCAAAUUUUUUGAAUUGUUUGAAGCGUGGUCUCCUGCCUUCUGAGUGUUUGGUUCUUUAAACGGCCUCCUCGCUCUGUCAUGAAGCAGUAAUGGAGGGUUGCUGUGUGUUGCAGACAAAGGAAAGAUGAGCUGGAGCAGAGGAUGUCAUCUCUGCAAGAGAGCAGGAGGGAGCUGAUGGUACAGCUGGAGGGCCUGAUGAAGCUGCUCAAGGUGACACACACACACACACACACACACACACACACACACACACACACACACACACACACACACACAUUUGAGCUGUCUAUUGUUUCUAGCAUGGUGCCCUGUCACACACUAGAGGGCAAAGUUUCCCUCUUUCUUCGCACCUCUCAGUGUCGGUCUUUGCAGUAACAAGCCUCACUUUUCCUUCUGCUUUCUCCUCCUAAAUAAUUCCACCUCCUCUCGCUCUGACUGUAUCUGACCUCUUCUUUUCCAUCCUUCUCUCCUCCCUUUGGUUUCUGAAUGCUCAUGUUGUGGCCCUGUAGGAUGAAGAGCAGCGACAAGCAGUAAGUGUACCCCCCUCAUGUUUGACUCACAGUGGUGUGAAUGUAGGAGUGAGCUCUGAUGUCGUGCAGAAAUGUCAAAAUCAGUCAGCUUUACAAGCAAUGAGGAAACUGCUUCAUCUUUCCAAGUGGGAUAUAAAUAAUGGCUCAUAUUAUUUUACUGGCAGUUACCAGAAUUUUUACUAUUCAGCUACAAAAAAUGGAAAGUUCGAUGUUUUACAGAGCUAUAAAUGAUUUAAAACAACUCUCAUAAAUCCGUCUCUCAGGCGCAGGCAGCUGGCUCUUCUCACGCCUCUCCUUCACGACCAAGUCCGUCAACCGUCCGCACUGUGGGUGCUGCAUCUCCCCAGGUUCACAUGUACCCUCCUCAAGAUUCUCUCGCAGGGGUAGGGGGUGAUGUACAAGAGGCUUUCGCUCAAGGUAAGUGGCACUCAAACUGAUAUCAGAUCUAAUGAAAGGAGGAAAAAGUAAAUGUUAAGUGGUGAUUCACCUCAUUUGAACUCUGACAUAUACACAAAAUGCAUACCUGAUGUUGGAUUUUUGAAUUGAGUAUAGCAUCCCUUCAGGGAGGCCAUAAAUUUCCCCACAGCCCACAGUGUAUCAGCUGAUUCUAAUGUCUGCCUGCAUCAGCUGACAGCUCAGCUAGUUACCCUCAAAGCACCCAAUCAGCAUCAAGAUAGAUGCUGUAUUUAAACAGCCUUAGCCUGACUACUCUUCCCGCCUCCUGUUCAAACCUGCCUCCACUGGAGUUCCUCUUUUGAUCUGAUUUUACCAGUGUCAUAUGUCUUACCUUCUCUUUUCUGUGCCAAAGGGGUCUUAGCUACUGCUCUCCCUGCCGUAGCUUUGGCGUCCUGCACUCACACUGGAGGGACAGGGAGCUCUUGGGAUUGAGCCGUGUAAUAGUAGUUUUCUGCUUGGUUAUAAAUUUAGUUUUACACACUUAAGUAUUAAGACUGUCAGAGUAAACUCAUUUGUGUGAAACUCUUAAUUCAUUGAAUAAAAUAUGAACUCUGCAGAUAUGCUUAUUCAAGGUUUUGCAUAUGGAGUCUGCUGGUCAUUCCCUCUUAACAAACAAAGGUUUGUUUCUGUCAAAACUAUUAAAAACUAUAAAAGAAUACACAGAACAUAACAAAGUACUUUUAAUGAUCAAUAAUUUCUUGUUUGGGAUAAAUUGUUCCUUAAAUUAUACAGUCCCAUACCAUAAAUAUAUAAUGCAUACAUUUUCAGUAUUUACAUCCUUUUUAUUUAUUUAUUUUUCUUUUUUUGGAACUAUCAACACACCAAUUAACUUUUUUCAUUCAGUGUUUUUCAUCCAUAGACUGUAUUAAGAAUGGACAGAGUCUGCCUCCUUGCUGGGUGAAGCCACUCUGAGAACAGCACCCUCUGUUGAUGGGCUGCAGUAUAGGUCAUAAAUCCCACCUCCGCCAGCAAAGCUUAUGGGGCUGUGGACAAACUUUAGAAAUUUAUUAUACAGAACAUACAUUUUUCUCCCCCUGCUUGUGAUGUUGACGUAGUUAUUGUAAGACUGGUUUGUGCUCAAGUCCUCUUUUUUUCUGUGAAGCUCCAUUUUUAAAAGUUAUCAGGGGGUUCAUCAGGGGUUUUCUAUGAUUGACACCUGAUACAGCCUAUGGGCAUUCAGGGAUUGCGUAGCUGUCCCGGGGGAUAUGCUGUUUGAGCCAAGUGUCAUCACAGCGACUCUUGGCAACUGCGCGGCCGAAUGUGCGCAUCACUACCGCGCAGCGCUAGUUUCAGGAAAUGAAGAAAAAUCCCAGAAAUAUCGAGAGCUGUUUGGCUUCAAAUCCGUAUACAGGCGGUAGGCGGAACCAAGUUGUCCAGAGUAUAUACAGACUAUGUUUUCAUCACAUUGAAGCCCUUCUAUAUCUCCAUUCUUAAUAUAAUUAUCGGAUAGUUUCCAGAUAUUCUCAUAAUGUGCUAAUUUGUUUUUCAGGGUAUAUUUAUUUUUUCCAUUGACAUACAUCGUUCCAUGUCCUUGAUCCAAGCUCUGAUAGUAGGUGUAUCAGUUUCCUUCCAAUAUGCACAAGUUUAUAUGGCAAAAUCAAUAAACUUGUGCUCUUUGGCUCUCAAAGUGAGAUCAGUUGGGUACAUGUGUAAUAAAAUCAUCUUGGAAUUUAUUGGAAUGUCAAUUGACAAAAUACUCAUAGUUUUGUCUAUUACCUCUAUUACCUCUCACCUUGUCACACUCCCAAAUACAAUGUAUCAGGGUUCCUUGUGCAUUGUUCCAUUUAAAACAAUUAUCAGGUAUGUUGCUGUUGUAUUUAUUUAAUUUCACAGGGGUUACAUAAGUCAGCAUCAACUAGUUAUACUGAAGUCCAUGCCUCAAUUUUUGAUAAUGAGUUUCCCUUAGAACCAGAUGCAAACUAAUUCUGCCACAAUGAAAUCAAGCCAUUCAUGUCACAAUUCUUUGUAAUGUUUUCUUCUAGGGAAAAAAUGGGAUAAGCAAGGAAUUAUUUUGAACAGAGGAGAUAAAACUUAUCAGUUGCAGAUAUUAAAAAGUACUUUCUUGGAAUGCCAUGUGUUACAGAAAGAUGUUCCAAAGACAUAGAAAACUCCUCCUUAUAGAGGUCAGAAAUUUUACUUAUCCUUCAUUAGUCCAUUGCUGAAAUCCAGCAUCUAUCUUGCCUGGUUUAAAUGAAACAUUUCCCCAAAUUGGACUAAACUGAGAUAGAGAAUUAGGUAUAUUCAUGACUUUUUAAACCUUGUACCAAAUGUUAACCAUAUUGAGUACAAUAGGAUGGGAAUUAUGUUCUCCUAGGUAUUUUAUCUCAGCUGAAUAAAAAUAAAAUUGUAUCGGCAGCUUUAUUGAAAAUGACUCUAUAACCUUCCAUGAUGGAGGAUCUCCAGUAGAGAAAUAGAACAUUAUUGUUCUUCGUUGUGCAGCCAGAUAUUACAAGUAAAGGUUUGGGCAAUUUGACCCCCUGUAUCAAACGGAAGAUACAACAGAGAGAGGUGAACCCUGGGACAUUUCCUAUGCCAAAUAAAUAGUGUAAUAAGUUUCACCUUAUAAGCAGAUCAUGGUGUGCCAUAAAACUGUCAGUCUGUAAGGAAAACCAAAUGAUGGGAACAAAUAGUUUGGAAAGUUUUCUAUUUGUUAAAUAAUUGAUGUCUCAAAAGAAAACAUAGUUUUAAACUCGAACACAAAUUAUCCACAUAAUUAGAGAAUGUUUUGGGUUGUUAGGUUAUAUUAAGUUAUUUGUAAACCACAUAAUCACAAGGGAUAAAUCAAAAGCUGCCCUCCAGCUGCUUCAAGAUGCACAGUCUGUUUGUGUCGAAUGCAUCAGCGUCGUGUGGCACCCAGCCAUUUCUCUCUGUUGUGAGCAACUUUUUAACCGGUUUUAAACAACUUUUAAGGCUGUAUUUUAAGAGUUUGCUGACUUUUAAGUUGAACUUUUAUCGUGUAUGGGUUUUUAUUUUAUUUUAUUUUAUCUGUUGUAGCAGAGGGCAGGAGUGAAAGUUCCUGCAAGCUGACGCUUUUAUCCGGUUUUAAAAGGUUCUGAUUGCUUUUAAAACUUUGUGCCCUGAGCAAAGGAUUACGUUUAUCUUUUUUGCUUUUACUGGACAAAAUGUCUUAGUCAUCAGACUCUGGGAAUUUUUACAUUCUGGCUGAGUCAGCUACAUGGCAACCAUGGAGGCUACCGCUAUAGAUGCUUCCUUACCUGCAGAAGUUGGUCAACAACUCAAAAGAGCCCAGAAAAAGAUCGCCGAUCUCCUGGAGGACAUUCAUCGGCUCUCAGACGAGCUGCAGAGGAAGGACUCAUUCCUGGCCACCUUCAAAUCUCGGCUUCCAGCAUCGUCAAGCUGGUUGGAGAGCACACAGACCGGCGAGCUGCCACAGCAUAGUGCUGCCGCUACACUGAGGAACAUGGUCGUCUGGGAGGCUUCCUCCUCAACCUGUCAGCGGCCCACCAGCCCUACUCUGAACAAAGGGACCCCCUGGUCUGAGGUCGUGGUCCGCAGUCGAAAGAAGGCUCCUGGCAGGGCUCCGUGUGGGGUUUCCUCCUCCAUAUGCAUCCCCCUCUUCAACAAAUGUUUGGCUCUAUCCAUGAGUGUGGAGCCACUGGUCCAGGGCCCUGCUGAUCCCGAAGCCUCCCCGAAGGAUGCUGCACCCCCGCUGACAGACACCACAGCUUUCCCUCCACUCAUGGCUGCCUGUAGCCCACCGGAUCGACGUCCAGCACCGUGCCACUCGACUCCGUCCCCCCGCCCCUCAACUCAGCGGAGGCGACUCCUCAAGAAAGCGGUGCAAUGGCACACUGGAUGUCCUCAUUCCCAGGCGCCUGACGGAGAGGACGGGUCCACCGAGCCGGCCACCCCCCUCAGGCAACAGGCCAUGACACUAGUCAUUGGGGACUCCAUCAUCUGGAACGUCCGUCUCAGGGGACCCGUUCUUUCCUGGCGCCACUGUUGCAGACAUAACUGAGAAAAUCCCAAGCGUCCUGAAUUCUCAUCCACAGGUAAACAGUGUCGUCAUACAGACAACAGUCCGAGCUUUUAAAGAGUGAUUUCAUGCAGCUUUUUAACAAACUCUCACGGCCCCAGCUGCAUGUUUUUGUCUCCGGCCCCACCCCCACCUGUGGCAGAGGCAUUGGGCACUUUAGCAGGCUGCUCAGCCUGAACAUCAGGCUCUCAUCAGCCUGCAGUACCCACAAUGUUGGCCUCGUUGACAACUUCAUUGUAUUUUGGGAGAGGAGACAUCAUUUUGGCUCAGAUUGUCUUCAUCUUAACAGAGCUGUGUGCUUGCCGCCAACCUGGCAUACGGUGUACAACAUACAAAUCUCACAUUUUCCUCCCAUCACCCCAAACGUACACCAACUGACCUUUCCGCCACUGAUUAAUGUCCCCCAGGUCCCAGUUCCUAUGAUUUUGGUUCCACUUCUGUCAAACACAAUACUGGACUUGGACCCUCUGUUUUCAUUAACCAUUCACCCAUUCCUGUUAUCAUCACACAGUGAGAAAAAAACAGACUCUAUCAUGUUCACUCGGUAAACUUCAAUCACCGUAGACCUCUCUCCAAACAUCAACCGACCAUACAAUCUGUGAAUCACGGGCCACCAUCAAUAUGGCACUUUAAAAUAUUCACUCUCUUUUAAACAAAUCUUUUAAUAUCCAUGACCUGAUUUUUAGACAACAAGGUUGAUUUUUAACUGAAACGUGGCUGUGUACAGAUGUGCUAGUUAUUCUCACUGAGUCCUCCCCACCUAAUUUUAACUUUACGUUCUCUCUUAGAAGUGGCAGGAAAGGUGGUGGUACUGCAUCAAUAAUCAAUAACUUACUAAAGACCAAAGAAAUAUCAUUUUAUCAGUACACCACCUUUGAGCAUCAUGUGGUUGUUUUUAACAGUCCCUCAAUUCUUUGUAUAACUGUUUACAGACCACCAAUACAUGAUGCUGCUUUUAUCAGUGAAUUUUUAGCAAUAAUCCAUGCCACUUACAAUUUUAUUAUUAUAUCUGGUGAUUUUAAUUUACACAUGGACAAUCCAUCUGAUUCAAUGGCAAAAGAGUUUUUAAAUCUACUUAGUUGCUUGGAUUUUACACAACAUGUCACACGGCAGACUCACAACAGAGGACACACCUUGGAUCUAGUCCUCAGCUAUGGCCUGUCAGCCAGUGUGUCCUCUGUUGUUGACCUGGCUGUGUCAGACCAUUUUUGUGUGUUUUUUAAUAUCACUGGUUUUAUUCAGCGGGAGACCUCGGUGCGAUCUGUCAGGAAAUGCUAUUUUACCUCAAAACUGGCUGCAAAUUUUAUCGAGAUCAUGAGCAAGCAUCCCUCAGCUACUCUACCUGCAUCCUGUGAUUUUAUUGUUCAACAUUUUAUUGACAAACUGGAAACAACACUUGACCUUGUAGCUCCACUGAGAACAAAAAAGGUACUGCAUAAGCGCAUAUCCCCAUGAAGAAAUGAAGAAAUAAAAAAAAAGAAAAGAAAUUGUAGGGUAGCUAAGCCGAGAUGGAGGAAAAAUAAAAUCACAAUUCAUCUCCAAUUAUAUUGUGAAAAACUGAAAACUUACAAUAAUGCUCUCAGAAAUGCAAGAUCCACCUAUUUUACCAACAUAAUUACUGAUCAUAAAAUCAACCCUAAAAUGCUCUUUGCUACAAUUGAUCUUUUAAUCAACCCGGUUUUGAACAGGUAUCAAAUAACUCCUUUAGACACACUUUGUGAAGGUUUUGCAGACCACUUCAGGGGUAAAAUUGAUUCUAUAUGAUCCUCUAUUUUAUCUCUUCAAAACACUGUUUCUAAUAUAGUAGAAAGCUUGUUUGUACCUGAGGAAACCCUGGACAGUUUUGACCUGGUUGAUGCUGAGAUGCUUGAUGGUUUUCUCCCAAGUAAAAAACCAACAACCUGCCUUUUAGACCCAAUUCCCACAUCACUUUUAAAAUGUUUUAUGGAUUCUUUGGAAGUGAGCUCUUAACUCUUAACUCUGCUAUUUAAAUAAACUUUGAUUUUAAUAAAUUCUGCUCUUGACACACUCUUGAGAAAAAUGAGUCUCCUGUUUUAAAAUGAUUGGUACUUUCGCUUUAUCUUUGGAAUAGCUUCUUCAAAAUUCUCAUCACAUGAUAUGCAAAUGACAUUUUUGAGUGUUUAUGAUUUUGAUUAUUGAUGAAAGAGUAAUAGAGUGAAAAUGUGUCAAGCAGAUCUCAGAAAAGUUGGAUCACUGAGUGAAUGUUGGUUAAAAACAAAGUGCGAUGGUUUGCAAGUCAUUCAAACCCAAUAUUUAAUUGGAAAUUUUGCAAAGAUUAUUUGUCAAAACUGAAAUGUUUAGAGACAGGGAGUUGUUAUCAAACUCCAUUCUGCAUGUAGGACAACAGCAUGGCUCAGUAGUGAAGAGUCCAUGUGCUGAACUCGCCCUCCUGCAGACUUGUCACGUGCUGAGCAGCUGAAAUGGGUGUAAAUCCAAUUCUUGUAACUGUAAUGUUCUUUAUUUUUCCCUCAUUUCUUCAUUUCAGGCCCACGAAGGAACCUGAGGAAUGACCUCCUGGUAGCAGCUGACUCCAUCACCAACACUGUGUCCUCACUGGUCAAAGAGCUACACUCAGGUACACUGACACUAAGAAAAACACACUUGUCAUACACAUUUCUUUAUAUCUAUACACAAACACUGCUCAUUACUCUCCAUCAGGUUUGAACACAUUUUAGUUCACAAAAAAGCCUCUUUUUACAAAAUGAAAUAGAUGAAUUGGUUUGAUUUGGAUGUUCACUGAUCAAAGAAAUUAUGCAUUUUGAAGAGGUAAUAAAGAUGGUCUUAAAUAUUUUCUCUUCUGUGCAGAUGAUGUUCGCGAAGAGGAGGAAAGGCUGCUUAAUGGGAAGGACAGAGGUAAGUUAAUUUCCUCAGAUGCUCACAUCAUCUCUCUCUCUUCAUUAUAAUCCUCUUUACAUGCUAACACACCUCACACUAAUAAGAUCAUCAUAAUGCUCAACCUUCGCUCUUGGACUAGCAUGGAUUGCUUCAGUGCUGCUUGAUUAACAUUUCCACCAAUUCAUCAUAUAUUCUCACAACCCUGCCUCACAUCCCUUAAAUGUUCCCUGAUGGUUACAAAUGUCCUGAAGCUUGACAGAACAUUGGGGAUACUCCUGGUAAUGAAAGUCCUGAAGUUAGAUUUCCCUGAGACAUCUUUAAGGAGAACUUGAAGAGGACAACAUUGGUCCUGCUUGAUUUAAUAUGUUAUCAGUACGUCAGGGACUCCCUGUUGUUUUUCAAAGCUUCUUGUUCUCAUGGGCCACCAAAGAGAGAAUGUUUACAUCUAGAAAAAGGAGGUAUCAAUCGAGACUAACAGAUUUACCAAAAUAUUCCCAUUUCUACACACGGUACCUUUACAGCUUUUAUGAGGAUUUUUGAGUGGUUAUAAAUAAGGGUAAAACUAAGAUGUCAGUCAAAAUAAAAUGAAUAAAUGUAGGGUUUUUUUGGUCAUUCUUAGAGGAAUUCACUUUUAGUCCAACAUUUGUGUGAAUAUUCAACCUAUAAAAUACACAAAAACACUAUUUAACAUGUUUACACUGUUACAUUUCAUUUAAUAAAACUCCCAACAGAGUGACCAAGAAAGGAGUAGGCUGAAGCACAGGCCUUAUUUUUGACUGUCAUAUAAAAUCCAAGAUAUACCCUGUAAAUUCAGCAUUACAAAGAAGAAAAUAACAAAAGCAUGUUUACUCUAGAGUAUAAUCCUUAAUUGUCUCUGUCUUUUGUGAAAUUAUGUAAAAAUAUUUGUGAAACAAUGCAGUUAAGUUUGACAGUUUGAACAUAAGAUAUAGUUUUUUGACUUUCCAUUGCUCAGCUUUUUCUCCAGAGUUAGCCGAUUAGUGUAGCACCUGCCAAGUCCAGUCAUGUUUGAUUUGUUUCUUGUAUGCUUACAAGCGGUCUGGUCCCUAUCACAGUUUCUAACAUGAACCAGUAGCAUGUGUUCAACCUUUGCUAGAUGCUAACAAGAAUUCUUCCUUUUUCAGCAGGUUAAGGUGGACGCAGGACAAACAGCAGCAGUAAGUCAUAGAAUAAAACACCUCUGAUGAUAAGCCUGAUAAAAACAGAAACAUGUAUAGUGGCUUCGACUUUUUCUACUCAUCUUUCCGUCAUUUAAUCAUAAAACAUGACACUGAUGUGUUGUGAGAAAGGCACAAUGAAACGUCUCUGCAAUAAAACAUGAUGUCUGCAUGAAGGUUUUAUGGGAAAAACUGAAAGAAAAAAAAACUUGAACUUGUCUGCACAGGCCUCCAAAAAGCUCAUUUUAGCUCCUCCUUUUCAGCUUUUAGAGCUUGUCUUGACAUUUUAUUUUUCAGUCACUGCAAAAAGUGUCAACGAGCAGUAUCUUCCUGAUCGCAAAAUCAAAAACUAGAAUAAAAAAAGGACUUAAAGCCCCUGUGAGGAAUUCCUCUGUGGUUACAAAAGAUUAAAAUUGAUAGUGAUGUCUUUUGAUGACCUGCAAACAAGAACAUCAACCAAAAGACUGGCGCUGUUUGUGUAGUUAUAUUUAAUAAUCCUAAUACCCCUGCCACAGGGUGGGUGUCAGAUGAGUCUAUUAACAGCUCUUUGAUGAAACAGCCCUUUUUAAAGAAAAGAAAAAAAAACAUUUUAGAGCUACACGAGUAACAACUUUGACAGCUGAAAGUUUGUCGGACAAACACUGGUCACUCAAGUACAGGACAGGAUCAGCAAACAGAUAAAAAGUACAACUUUAACCAUAAGGGACACCCAAACUUUAAAACUCCUUUGAGGAACUUUCAACUUGCGUCAAUUUUGUUGCUUCCAAGAGACAAAGCAGUCUUUGCUCAUUUAGUCCUCUACAUACUGAAUUGGUGUCUUUUGACAAAAAAAAAACUAACCAGUCUGACUUUUGAAAGUUGAAUGUAUUGUUUCUUGGGAAUAUUGUGAGCAGAAAUUGUCAAAAACAAGGGUAUUUCUUCAGCUGCUUGUCUGACACAUUCCCUCUUCACAUCAGUUUCAGGCAUUCAAAUGUGCAUUAUAAAGUUUCUUUAUCUUGUCACUGAUAGUCUUGUUUGCUUUUGUCUGUCAUAAAAAGGCAUCAGCAUGAAUUUGAGUCUAUUUCAAGAACCUCAAAAAACUCCCACAGAAGCAUCAAAGUAAUAUUUAACAAGUUUAAAAUAAUGCAAAGAUAUUUUACAUUUACAAACUGACACAUCAGAUUUUGAUUUGCAUGUUUAUUUACUUUCUUACUUGGUGUUAGAUGAGAGGACUGACACCACUUUUACUUUGGUUUUUCAAGUACAGUGUGUAUGAGUGGGAAUAUUUAGUAAUCUAGAGUUGAACACAGCAUUCCUUGGAAAUUUUUGAAUUAUAUAGAAUACUUGAGCAUAAAUUUUCAUGGAAGGAGCUAUGUCUAAAAUGUGUUCGGUGUGUGCUUUAAUUUGAUAGCUUGACCCUGGUUCCAUCCGUUUACAUGGAGGAAGGCAGGGUAUAUGAAUAUGAGCUUUACUACAGCCAGCCAGCAGAGGGAGCUGUAAGCUCUAUGGCUUUAUGGCCAGUGAACACCUACGGAAAAAAAAUAAAUAAAUAAAAAAUAUAUAUAUAUAAGUAUAUAUAUAUAUAUAUAUAUAUAUAUAUAUAUAUAUAUAUAUAUAUUAUAAUCCUUCCCUCUGGACAGGCCCUGCUAUUAGAUUUUCUAUCAUUCAAAUGUUUUGCUAAGGUAAGCUUAGUGGAUUUGGGUUCCUGCUUUGCAUUUGCAGACAAAUACAUCAGUGGUAUCAAUCUCUCCUCUGACUCUGAGAAGGAAGUAACUGGUGUAAAACUCAUAAAGUAAAGUAACACAUUUCUGAUUGGUGGGCUGACUGUCCCGUCCCUCUCUCCUCAGGCAGAACAGAGUGAAGUUCCAUCAUCGCUAAAGAAGACUGACCCUGCUGGAAUAAUACAGAGCUUAAACUAAUUGUUAGGGGAAUAAGAGCUCCACUGCCAAUCAACCAAUCACGAUGCUGGACACCAAAUGACCGCUGGGUCCCUACUGAUGUAUAGCUGUGAUUCUGUGUGUAUGUGUGUCUUGUCACUGUGGUUUGACCUUUGUUUUUGAGUUGAUCGUGCAUAGCUAAAAGAGAAAAUCUGGAGCCUACUGAUCUGUACUGUAGCAUGUGCGUGUGUUUGUGUGCGCUCUGCAUUUUUAAAGCUUGAGUAGGUGAGAGGGAUGUUGGAAAGAGACCGAGAGAUGAUUUCAGUGAACUUUCAAAGGAUAAAAUGCAGGAAGGUUUCAAAGAUGCAUAAUCAGGAUGUUGCCGCAUUGAAGAGAAAAGUUGAGAAAGAACAAAAGAAAGUCAAUAAGAUGAGACGGUUUUUAGUUUCGGCACUGUGUGCUUAGUAUUUAUUGCUUUGAUUUGAUUUUUGCUGUUUUUUUUGGUUUAAAUGUUUAUGUGAGCAUGGUCAGGCCCUGCUGAGAUGAUAAGCUUUAAUGGGAUGUUUCCUGCUCCCGCCCUCUGGCUGCGGCGAUGCAGAGUGGAGAGUUGUCGUCCCAGCCGCGCUCCAGGUGUCUGAGCCCUGGAUGAGAUUUGUAACUUGGGUGCUGUUUAGAUCACAACUCAGGUUGUCUAGGCUUCUCUGUGUAUCUCGGUACUGCAGCGGGACUCCUGUCAAAGAGGAGGUAUCUGAUUACUGUUGUGUAAGUGUGCAAGUGUGUGAGUGGGAGAGAGAAUAAAUAUGUUGGCUCCUACAGGGUCAGUGUAGCAACAGAGUAGCAAAGUUGAGGGAGGAAAUGGGUCCAGAGGUUUUUAUAGACAUUUUUAGGGUCAGUUUACCAAAAUUUCCCAACCAGAUUGUCCCAAGAUAAAACGGUAAGAAUAAGAAAGAAAAUACAUUCGUUACCAAAGGGGUGUUUAUUUUCAUCUUUAACCCUUUCUUUCUAAAGGUUCUGGAACUUUAACAUCUCUAGGGCUUAAAAGAGCCUUAAAGACUUAAAAAAAUUGGUUCAAUUUAAUCCCAAGAACAAGCAUAGAGAGAUCAAAUGUAGACUGAGACUUAAAUGUUUCCCAGACCAUGAGAAGAACAAAGUCUGGCAUGAGUUAUCUUGAUCUGGAACAGGUAGGUUAGCCUUAGUUCAAUGCUAAUACAACUGCAACUGAAAAAUAAAGAGAAAGUAAAAGCCGCAGCUUUCAGGGAGUGAGAAGAGCAGGAAUCAAAACAAAACAAAAACAUAGUCUAGGAAGAAAUAAUUUUGAAAGUUAGUUGUGCUGAAUUGCAUGUGCCAAAACAUUCAUCUCUAUUAAAUGGGCUUAAUUUACAAAGAAACCACUGUUCUAGUGCCAUGAAGUGAAGCAGGUGGUUUAUUUAUCUUUUUUCAAAUGUUUAAACCCUCUUUUUUUUUCUACCAACAUUAAUCAUGAGCUGUGAGAAGAAAGUUUUGGUGUGCCAGUGACAUAGUAGCAUGGCUUUAAGGCAUCUCUGCAGAACUGUAUCUAUGAUCAGCAUGUAAAUAAAGAGCAAAAUGUUAUUGAUGAAAUCCUAAAAUAUUGAUGCAUACUAAACUGCCAUUGGACUCAAUUACUCUUACAAAGCUGUACAUAUUAGUUUCUGUCCCCCAAAAGGGAUGUGGCUUUUGAAAUUUAAAGCCUGUAUUAAUUUGAUUUAGCUACAGAGCUAACUAGUUAAAUCCAUCAAAAAGUACUGAAAUAGAAUUUGAAGCUCGGUGAUUAGACCUGGAGAGCGUCUCUGAUGUUUACACCCCAAGUUUCUAAGUGCAGCCUUUUGAGCAGAGGGGAUUCUACUGCCAUGUUUAUCUGUACAAAUUAAUACAUUUUCUUGGUGAAUGCUGUCUGCACAAUAUCAACCCCCUCACUUUGCUACUCUCCGAUUCUUAUGAAGCUUUCUGUGAAAUCGUAGAAGUCAGAGUUUUCUGUGGAUGAUGGUAACAACAAGCACCCAAAAAACUUUCAGACUGAUGGUCUGUGUGUGAAUCAAACCUGACCCAAAGUGAAUAGCUGAGCCUCUGUCAGGUUAGGUUGAUGUAUGUUCAUUUAACAGACGAGAACAUUUUAUCGAAGUGUGCUUUCAGCAUUUCUAGUUUUUUUUGGACGCUCUUACAAAACCGUACUGGAAUGUUUUGUACAUUUUUGUAUCAGACGGAAAGUUGUGUUUAUCUUUCAGACUCCACUAGUCCUCCACAUCAUUUGACUGCCUGCCUAUAAUAUUUAAAGUCAGCUGACAAUUGACGGACUGAAUGAGUGGUUUUGUAAAGAGUGAGCUUGUGUGUGUGUGCGUGUGUGUGUGUGUGUGUGUGUGUGUGUGUGAAAGAGCGAGAAAAAUCAAGACUGUCAGGACCGACGCACCCUAACAUGAAACUGUUAACAACUUCAGCUCUGAAUCUGCAAGAGCUGACAGUUUGAGUGAGAAGAAUUGAUUUAUCUGUUUUACCUGCAAUAAAUGAUAUUUAACAACAA